AUGGAUUCCGGUAACAACCAUGGUGAUAAUAAGGUGGUCUUCAAGUCCGUCCUCUUCAAUGUCCUCGAAGACGGUCGUGUCGUACUAAGAUUCCCCGGCGCCACGGGAAAGAAAAUCCCUCCCUCGGAUGACCCUGUUACCGGGGUCAAAAUGAAGGACAUCCGAAUUUCUUCGGAUGUAUCCGCUCGCGUCUUCUUACCAAGAGGCGAGAGUGGAUACACCAAACUCCCACUUCUGCUCUACAUCCACGGAGGUGGAUUCUGCAUGGAAUCCGCCUUUUCCGUGGUUUACACACGCUACGUUAGCAAUCUUGCUGCACAAGCUAACGUCAUAGUUGUCUCAGUCGAGUACAGUCUCUACUCCCCUUGUCGGCCUCUCCCUGCAUGCUACGAGGAAUCAUGGGCCGCACUCGAGUGGGUGGCAUCUCACGACAAGGGGUGUGGUCUAGAACCUUGGAUCAACAACCACGCCGAUCUUCAACGGAUAUUCGUAGGCGGAGACUCCGCCGGAGGAAACAUUUGCCAUACAUUACUAGCUUGUGCGGGGCGGUCGUUGUCAUCGAGGCAACGACCGCUUCCCGAGAGCGUAAGGGUGGAAGGGAUGAUAUUGGCUCAUCCUUACUUCGGGAUAGGAGGGAGGGACGAGGAAAUGUGGUUAUACAUGUGUCCUACAAACGAAGGUCCUAAUGAUCGUAGAUUGAAGCCUACUUUGGAGGAUUUGGCUACAAUCAGGUGUGAGCGGGUGUUGGUGCUGGUGGCGGAGAAUGACCCUAUGAAUGUCGCCGGAAAACGGUACGUGGAGGAUCUGAUCAAAAGUGGAUGGAAAGGAACGGUUGAGAUUGUCGAAAACACGAAAAAGAAUCAUUGUUUUCAUUUAUACAAUCUUGAGGAUCAAGAGGCUAUUGCUAACAUGAGGCGCAUUACUUCUUUCAUCCAUAGUAGUCAUUACAUAAAAGUUAAGGGUAGUAAUAAGAACCCUAAUUUGCACCUUUACUCUUCUCUCUAA